AGUGAAUUUGAGUAACCAGUAAGGGAAGAAGGAUAAAGACAGUGCUUCGGAGGAGUCAUCGCAACGUUGUCCAGCCAUUGUAUCUUUGAACUAUCAUAUUCUUGUUUUUGUUUUUUCUAUUCAGAGCUGGAUCUGGAGGGUAAAAAGUUCUUCAGUCACACUCGAGUAGAAUUAUUUUAACAGGAAAAGCUUUCAAGAAGAUCUCACUCACGUCUUUCACCUCCCUGCACACUAACUUGACAUUUCAGUGCUAACAAACAACUUCUAGAUAUGGGUAUUUCCAGAGAUUCUCGUCACAAGCGUUCCGCUACUGGUGCUAAGCGCGCUCAAUUCAGAAAGAAGAGAAAAUUCGAGUUGGGUCGUCAAGGUGCUAACACCAAGAUUGGUACUAAGCGUAUUCACACUGUUAGAACCCGUGGUGGUAACCAAAAGUUCAGAGCUUUGCGUGUUGAAACCGGUAACUUCUCCUGGGGUUCCGAGGGUGUCACCAGAAAGACCAGAAUUGCCGGUGUUGUCUACCAUCCAUCUAACAACGAGUUGGUUAGAACUAACACUUUGACCAAGUCUGCUAUCGUUCAAAUCGAUGCUACUCCAUUCAGACAAUGGUACGAGACUCACUACGGUCAACAAGUUGGUAAGAAGAGAAACCAAAAGUCCGAGGAGGCUGAGGUUUCCAAGUCCAGAAAGGUUGUCAGAAAGUUGGCUUCCAGAGCUGCUGCUUCUAAGAUUGAGCACGCUGUCGACUCCCAAUUCGGUGCCGGUAGAUUGUACGCUUGUAUCUCUUCUAGACCAGGUCAAUCCGGUAGAGCUGAUGGUUACAUCUUGGAAGGUGAGGAGUUGGCUUUCUACUUGCGUAGAUUGACUGCUAAGAAGUAAACCCGGUGAUAGUGUUUAAUAGUUUUUCUCAUGUUUCAUCAAUAAAAUCAUUUACGUUUAAUGUUUU